AUACGGUUCAUAGUCAGAGAGAAUGCCCGGGAUAUAGGUAUUCUUCUAAAGGAAUGAAGUCUUGCAUGCUUUCUGAGACAUGGAAAAGUUUCCGUUCUAAUUACUGUACUUGCGAUAUCCGUCAACACCAUUCCAAAGGACAAGAAAUUGCGCCGUGUCCAUUAUUUAUCAUUUCGACGAUUGGCAUCUUAGUUUUCGUUGUUCGUUCAAAUAUGGCGGUCUUCACUAAAUUUUACCAUGUGCUCUUCGUGACUACCCCAAGGUUUGUCCUCCCGUCCUUCCACUUCAUGCAGUCAUGUCGAGCUCUUCCGAAUCCCCUCUUGAGAAAUUCAAGCCUGGCUGGCGUUUAUCUGCUGCGUUCACCUCCAUAGCAAUAGUCAAUCUCACCUGUGCUUUGGAUGCGACUACCAUCGCAGUUGCGCUUCCAGCAAUCUCCAAAUCUCUCCAUGGAACAGCCAUCCAAGCCCUCUGGACGGGAACCUCCUUUCUCCUCGCAUCCACAGUCUGGCAACCAAAUUUCGUCGCAUUCUCCGAUGUAUUCGGCAGACGUCCAGUCCUUCUGUUUGCUCUCACACUUUUCACUAUAGGAGCUAUCAUGUGUGGGGUGUCCAAGAACUUCACAGUAAUGCUCGCAGGACGAGUAGUGCAGGGAAGCGGGGUGGGAGGAAUCAUGACCUUGACUGAGGCUAUUAUCACCGAUCUUGUUCCGUUGCGCGAAAGGGGAAAUUAUUUUGCUCUCAUUAGUAUUGUUUGGGCUAUUGGGACUGUUGCCGGACCGCUAGUUGGUGGUGUUCUAGCGCAACAUGGUGCUUGGAGAUGGAUUUUCUAUCUCAACCUCCCUAUUGUUGCCAUCGGUUUUCUAGGCGUCAUUCUCUUUCUUAGACUCUCCCUCAAAGAACGAUCACUCACGCAGAAGCUCCUCGAAAUCGAUUACAUAGGUUCCUUCAUCUUCGUCUCAUCAGCAACAUCGUUCCUGAUCCCACUAUCCUGGGACGGGGUAAUGUACCCCUGGUCGUCAUGGCACACACUUACUCCCCUCCUCCUCGGCCUCUCCGGCCUAAUCCUCUUCAUAUCCCACCAAAUCUACCUCUCAUCCCCAUCUCGACCAUCCGGACCCCGGAAUACCCUCCUCCCAAUGCAAAUGUUCAUGAACAGAUCAACAGCACUCACCUACCUAAUCACCUUCCUCCACGGCACCAUCCUUUGGUCCAUAGUAUACUACAUGCCCCUCUACUUCGAAGCAGCAAAAUCAUACACCCCCAUCCAAGCCGGAAUCGCCGCUCUCCCACAAACGCUAACUGUCGUCCCGUGCGCUGCGAUCGUGGGUCUGAUUGCGUCGAAAACCGGACGGUAUCGCUGGUCUCUGUAUACAGGCUUCGUGCUCACUACUCUCGGGUGCAGACUCUUGUAUCUCCUCGAUGUGAAGACCAGUAUCGUGGAAUGGGUGUUCCUGCUCUUGAUCAGUGGUGUGGGAAUUGGACUUUUGUUCCCGGGCAUGAAUCUCAGUAUCCAAGCUAGUGUUCCGCCGAAAGAUAUCGCGAUUGCGGCUGGGUUGUUUACUUUCUUUCGAGCAGCGGGGCAGAGUGUUGGGGUUGCUAUAGGAGGAACUAUCUUCCAAAAUCGGAUAUCUUCCAUCCUUGCACCUUAUCCAUCGCUAUCCACCACAUCUCUCGACGCACUGACUCUCAUAAGCACGAUUCGGAGUCUUCCCUCUGAUGCACCUGAGACGUUGGUGCUGAAACAUGCGUUUGCUGAUGCGAUUAAGACGAUCUGGGCUGUGAUGUGCGGGAUUGCUGGGUUAGCUUUGAUUGCUAGUUUGGGUGUGAGGGGGUAUGAAUUGGAUCAGGCGUUGAGUGGGGAGCAGGGAUUUGUUGAUGGUGUGAGAAGUGAUGAGAUUGUGGAGGCAGGUAGAGUUGAGGAUGCUGAAUGGGUGGUUCCUGAGGGCCUUGUUGGGACUGAUGAAAAAGCUGGGAUAUAGAGUUGUUGAGAUAGGCGCAUGUGAAUAGAAAUGAAAGAUGUAGAUGAAUAGAUUG